AUGGAUCCCAAAGCAUCCGGAGGAAAACGCUCGUCCCUGAAGCGCUCCACGUCCGGAUCCCAGAGGAGUCACCCAAGAGUCACUCCAGAGUCACCCCAGAGUCACUCCAGAGUCUUUCCAGUCACCCCAGAGUCGACCAAGAGUCACUCCAGAGUCACCCCAGAGUCACUCCAGAGUCUUUCCAGUCACCCCAGAGUCACCCUAGAGUCCCUCCAGAGUCACUCCAGAGUCACCCCAGAGUCACCCCAGAGUCAUUCCAGAGACACCCCAGAGUCACUCCAGAGUCACUCCAGAGUCUCUCCAGAGUCACCCCAGAGUCAACCCAGAGUCACCCCAGAGUCAUUCCAGAGUCACUCCAGAGUCACCCCAGAGUCAUUCCAGAGUCACUCCAGAGUCACCACAGUCAUUCCAGAGUCACUCCAGAGUCACCCCAGAAUCAUUCCAGAGUCACUCCAGAGUCACCCCAAAGUCAUUCCAGAGUCACUUCAGAGUCACCCUAGAGUCACCCCAGAGUCAUUCCAGAGUCACUCCAGAGUCACCCCAGAGUCGCAAAUGUCAGAUGCCCCGGCCCUGACCGUGGCCUCAGACUCAGACCGACCCGGGUCUUAUGACACCGAGUCUAACCAGAGACACGCUGCACUCGUGACGCUCCCACCCUCGGGACAAGGAGCCCUUUUACCCACAACAACAACACCCACUUCUGCCUCAGUCUGCGUCUCUCAGACAUGUGAGCUGCAUUUGGGUCCGGGGGCAGAGGAGAGCGAGAAAGCCGUUUACACCCGUCUGGCGCAGAAAGCUUGGAUCGAUCGGACGUUUUGCAAAAGAGAAUGUGUCAAUAUCUUUCCCAGCAAGGACCCACUGAGAUGUGCCUGCGGUCAGCUCAACAACCAGCACGUGGCCAUCCCUCCCGGGGCCACGUCUCUGGAGGAGCACAGCGGCGCCAUGAUCGACCCGACCAAAGACAAGUGGACCGUGGUCAAACACACGCGGACCUACCCCACCGACGCCUACGGCAUGAUCGAGUUCCAGGGCGGGGGCUUCGUCAACAAGGCCAUGUACAUUCGCUGCACGUUCGACACCAAAGUGGACCACCUCCUGCACCUGAUGGUGAAGGACUGGCAGCUGGAGCUCCCCACGCUCCUCAUCUCGGUCCACGGAGGUCUGCAGAACUUCGACCUCCCCCCGAAACUCAAGCAGGUCUUUGGGAAGGGUCUGAUCAAAGCCGCCGUCACCACCGGAGCCUGGAUCUUCACCGGGGGAGUCAACACUGGUGUGAUCCGUCAUGUGGGAGAUGCUUUGAAGGACCACUCCUCAAAGUCUCGGGGUAAAGUCUGUGCCAUCGGGAUCGCUCCGUGGGGAAUCCUGGAGAACAAAGAGGACCUUCUGGGAAAAGACGUUACUCGACCGUACCAGACCAUGGCUAACCCGCUCAGUAAGCUAGCAGUGCUAAACAACAGCCACUCUCACUUCAUUCUGACGGAUAACGGCACCUGUGGGAAGUACGGCUCGGAAGUCAAAAUACGCCGCAUGCUGGAGAAACACAUCUCUCUGCAGAAGAUCAACACACGUCUGGGGCAGGGGGUCCCUCUGGUGUGUCUGAUCGUGGAGGGGGGUCCUAACGUGAUCUCUAUCGUGCUGGAGAGUCUGCGAGACGACCCGCCCAUCCCCGUGGUGGUGUGCGACGGCAGCGGGAGGGCAUCUGACAUCAUCUCCUUUGCUCACAAGUUCUCAGAGGAAGGAGGUCUGGUUAGCGAUGACGUCCGAGACCAACUCCUGGUGACCAUCCAGAAAACCUUCAACUACGGCAAAAGCCAGUCCCAACAAAUUCUCCUCAUGGUCAUGGAGUGUAUGAAGAAGAGGGAGCUGAUUACUGUGUUUCGAAUGGGUUCAGAAGGACAGCAGGACAUCGAAAUGGCCAUUCUCACAGCUUUGCUAAAAGGUACAAAUGCAUCUGCCCCAGACCAGCUCAGUUUGGCUCUGGCCUGGAACCGAGUGGACAUUGCUCGGAAUCACAUUUUUGUGUAUGGACAUCAUCUACCACCGGCUGGAGCCCUGGCUAACACUGCGACCGGAGCAGCGUCUCAAGAGAAACAGAAGAGUCCUGCGAGCGGCCCGCGGAAUAAGGCCCGAGCCAAGAAGGGAAAAGGAAAAGGAAAAGCCAAACCAGAGCCACCAGAGGAGACCGACCCACGCAAACUGGAACUCAUCCGCUGGGUGAACUCUCUGGAGCAGGCCAUGAUGGAUGCUCUGGUCUUGGACAGAGUGGACUUUGUGAAGCUGCUUCUGGAGAACGGGGUAAACAUUCACCACUUCCUGACUAUUCCGCGACUGGAGGAACUCUACAACACAAAACUGGGCCCAGCGAACACUCUGCAUCCAGUGGUUCGAGAUGUGAAAAAGGGAAAUCUGCCUCCAGAUUAUCAAAUUACUCUGAUUGACAUUGGGCUGGUCCUGGAGUUCUUGAUGGGCGGAGCUUACAGGAGCAAAUACACACGCAAGGCCUUUCGUUUUCUCUACAACACCUUGUAUGGUCUAAAGAGGCCAAAAGCCCUCAAGCUGCUAGGAAUGGAGGAUGACGAGCCUCGAGGAAAGGGCAAGAAGAAAAAGAAGAAGAAGAAGGAGGAGGAAGUGGAGAUCGACGAGGACGACCCAGAGGUGUGUCGCUUCAAGUUCCCCUUCCACGAGCUGAUGCUGUGGGCAGUUCUGAUGAAGAGGCAGAAGAUGGCGCUGUUUCUGUGGCAGCGUGGAGAGGAGGCCAUGGCCAAGGCGCUGGUGGCCUGUAAGCUGUACAAGGCCAUGGCCCACGAGUGUUCUGAGAGCGAGCUGGUGGACGACAUCUCCCAGGACCUCGAAAACAACUCCAGAGAGUUUGGCCAGCUGGCGUACGAGCUGUUGGACCAGUCGUACAAACACGACGAGCAGGUGGCCAUGAAGCUGCUGACCUACGAACUGGUCAACUGGAGCAACUCUACGUGUCUCAAACUGGCCGUCGCAGCCAAACAGAGAGACUUCAUCGCUCACACCUGCAGCCAGCUGUUGCUCACCGACAUGUGGAUGGGCUGCCUGCGCAUCGGCAAAAACCCCGGGCUGAAGGUUAUCCUCGGUAUCAUUUUCCCUCCUAUGAUUCUUCUGUUGGAUUUCCGAGUUGGAGACGAGACGUAUCAAACCGUGACGGACGGCGGGAAAGACAAGGACGAUGACGCAAAAUCUGGCAAGGAAGCCGCUGAUUCCACAUCCAGAAGAGGAGACGAAGAAGAAGGCAGCACCAAAGUCCGUAAAAUCCCCAUCGCCAGAAGAUACUUUGAGUUUUACGACGCGCCUUUCACUAAGUUCUGGUUCAACACUAUUUCUUACCUGGGUUACUUGAUGCUUUACAACUACAUUAUUCUGGUCAAAAUGGAACGAUGGCCUUCGCUUCAGGAAUGGAUCGUCAUCGCGUACAUCCUCACACUGGGCACAGAAAAAGUCCGACAAGUCCUCAUGUCGGAGCCUGGGAAGCUGAAGCAGAAGGUGAGUGUGUGGCUGGAGGAGUACUGGAACAUCACGGACCUUGUGGCCAUCUGCACCUUCGUGUUGGGGCUGAUGCUGCGGCUGCAGCCGGAGCCGUACAUGGGCUACGGCCGCGUCAUCUACUGCAUCGACAUCAUCUUCUGGUACAUCCGAGUGCUCGACAUCUUUGGAGUCAACAAGUACCUGGGACCGUACGUCAUGAUGAUCGGCAAAAUGAUGAUUGACAUGAUGUACUUUGUGGUCAUCAUGCUGGUGGUCCUCAUGAGCUUCGGAGUGGCGCGUCAGGCCAUCCUCCACCCGGACGAGGAGCCCACGUGGCGCUUGGCCCGGAACAUCUUCUACAUGCCCUACUGGAUGAUCUAUGGGGAGGUUUUUGCAGACUCGAUAGACCUCUACGCAAUGGAAAUCAACCCUCCCUGCGGCGAACACUUGUACGACGAGGAUGGGAAGAAGCUGCCUCCGUGUAUUCCCGGCGCCUGGCUCACUCCCGCCAUCAUGGCCUGCUACCUCCUGGUGGCCAACAUCCUCCUGGUCAACCUGCUCAUCGCCGUCUUCAACAACACUUUCUUUGAGGUGAAGUCCAUCUCAAACCAGGUGUGGAAGUUCCAGAGGUACCAGCUGAUCAUGACGUUCCACGACCGGCCCAUCCUGCCCCCGCCCCUCAUCAUCCUCAGUCACCUCUACAUCCUCCUGAGCCGACUGUUCAAGCGCUGCGCCAAGAAGAAAGUGGACGGAGAGCUGGACGAGAAAGACCGCGGCCUCAAGCUGAGGCUGACCCCGGAGGAGCUGAAAGGUCUGUACGAGUUUGAGGAGCAGUGUGUGGAGGAGUACUUCAGGGAGAAGGAGGACGAACAGCAGUCGUCCAGCGAUGAGAGAAUCAAAGUCACCUCUGAGCGGUGA